GAGCGAGAUUUGGUCUUUCUCCGAAGAUGGCGUCGUCCUCCUCAGCUGAGGGCAUGUCCAUCACUAAGGGAGGAAGUAUAUUAGUAAAAGUUGAAGAUCUCACUGGAGAAUUGAUUUCUGUUAAGCUUAUAGAUGGAGAUAAAAUCUUCCGUGGAAUUUUACUGCAAGAAACUAUUGGGUAGGGUUGUUUGAACGAUUUUUCGAAACGUACUAUUUAUUGUCCCUGUCAAGAUUAACUGAAGCUUAUGAAAGUUGAUAUUGUCCAAUAGUUCGCAAUUUUCUUCUGCUUUUUAAACACCGAUAUAAGCUAAAGAUCUGGCUAGAUAAACUUAAUAAUUCAAUUUCGAAAUUUACAUGAGUCACAUGCUUAGUUUCUGUCUUCACAUAUUCUCUGACUUUGGGGAAACACCCUCUAGUUAGCCUUAUUGUAGCUGCUCGAGAUUCACAUUUUCACAGCAUUGAUGUUAUACAGUCAUUCUUAAUGGUAUUCCUCUCAGAAUGCUUAUUUGUUUCACUCAUGUAGUCACCUAAAGAUCAGAUUUCAAGAAGUUCCCUUGUCAGUUAGUCUCGUGAAGAUGAUUUACUCGCUUACCGCUAUACAACGUUCUUUCUGACUUACAUUUAAACCUAUAAAAAAGCGUCGGGAGUGAGUUUUCUAAUCACCAUAAUGCUUAUAUAUUAAAAAUGCUUGUCAUUGAUGAAGUGCUCACCGCGCUAAGUAUAUUCUGUUUGCUGUCUUGCGGUCUGAUGAAGUCUGGUUUCUGUCGAAAUGGUUGCUCAUUAAGAUUUUUUACGUUUACAUUAUCUAUUUAAUGCUUUGGUUGGUCCAGACAACUGCUUCAAACUUAGUAGGUUUAAAUACACACUCCCCGGAAUUCUUAGUGAUGUAUGGUAGGAUGCCUAAAAUAAUAAAAAAGGAUACUAAAGUAUGGCAUUGGUUUCUAUCCGUAUAGGGAGUAUGUUAAUAGGGCAAAUGAUACUCAAGUAAUACAGUUCGCUCUUAAUCAUUUGGCAAUCGGUGUUCGUAGGUAUGGCAUGCACCUUGCACCUUCUGGGUAAAACUACGUCUUCAAGACUGGAAAGACCCUGAAAUUGCACUCAGAUAGUGGUUGAAAGGUUCGUGUAUCUGGGUAGCUGCGUAAGUGCUAGUGGUGGCGUGAGUGAUGACAUCCAUUCAUGUAUAGUGAAAGCCAGAGCGUCUCAAGCCAAUCUGGGCCAUCUUCGGCACCUUCAUGAUGUUAGUCUGACUGUUAAAAGUUGGAUCUGAAACGCGUUGGUGAGAAUUUUGCUUUAUGGUUGCGUAACUCCACUUCUCCGAGUUGGGAAUGUUCGACGACUCCGUGCCUGGUCGUUGUCCAUGAAGGACUGCUGACAUUCAGCGACAUCAUGUUAGUAAUGCAGAGGUUCGGCAGUGUGUGUUCGGGCACAAUUGGGACAAUUUGAUUGAUAUCACUAUCUUGUAACAUCGAAUCCGGUGUCUUGGGGAUGUCGUUCCAGAGAAUCCCAUGUCGUGCAUUAUUUGUCAACGCUGGGACACGAUUUUGUUGGUCCUUCAUAAUUCCCUUGAAAUGAAAGCAAGUUUGGAUCUUGCUGUAACUUUCUUUUACUUCAUAAAAGUGAACAUAACUUCCUUAACUGAGAGAAUUAUUUCUGGUUGUAUUUUUGCUAACUGGAUUGCUUCCCCGAUUAUUAUUUCACCCCCAUACACUAAUUUUUUCGAUUGUCGCUGUUUUUGUUAUACUCAUCUUCCGUCCUCUAUCUCCACAACCUCAUCGUUAUUGUGUGGUGCAGUAUCACAGCCCACACGCAAAUCAAGUGACUUGAGUGACGCAUAUGUAUUCGGUGCCCCUUUGUACCAAUAUUUAUAUGUUCAAAUAAGUAAAUCUGCCACGUUAACCGACUAUGUAUGGAAUAUCAGAAAUGGUGGUAAACCACCUGGUGUAAGCAUAGGCUUUCAUCGAUUGAGGUAUUUUAAGCGCAUUACAUAUAAUUAGCUUGUGGUUGUAUCCCAGUGCUAUGCAUACGCGUCUUAGAAUUUCAGUGGUAAACUAGACGAGGUAGCAUUUUCUUUGGACUGUUCAACGCCAUAUGUGACUAAUGCAACUCAUAUGAUAAAGCGGAUUGAGUGCAUGGGGUAACCUUAAAAGUUAUGAUUUUUUACGUCUUGAAAUCCUUAAGUCAAAUUACAUUUCACCAUAGCGUAUCACAAAUAUAUAAACUAGAGUGAGUCUGUAGCUCAUUGAACUUCAACUAUCGAAUUUCCUACCUUUUAUUCUGCGGAUCCACUCUUGAAUCAUAUUGUCUACACUUGAUUUUCCAUACUACCACAUAAUAUUACUACUACUCUAGCUUGUCUUGAUAAUUCCAUCCCACUGUGCUGAUACGGUCUGGUGACUAAUGCAUGUGUGUGCCAGGGCAUACGCUGCCCGUGAUUGAUUAACUAUCAGGUCUUAAGUCUGCUGUUAUUUUUCUAUUCAUAUCGCUCAGCGCCUCCGAUUUUUACUAUUUGAUGCGUGUUAUACAAGCCUGUACUUGUCUGCUAAGUUUUGUUAGUCUGAUUUAAUAAGGUGAUACACGACAAAUCAAUUGGUAGAUUAUGCAACCGUCUAAUUACUAGUUUAGUAUUGUUCACAUCUGAAGUGGAAACAUCUUGUCAAGUAAUCGGUUCACGUUUUAGUCUCUACGUAGACCGGUGUUAAAACCUAUUGUGGAUAGUAGUAUUAGUAGUUGUAAUACUUUCACAACUGUUUUCUCUUUAUACUUUCAGGAUGUAUAAAAGAGAAAAGUUUUGCGUAUUAUUUCUUGUCCUCUUUCACUUGGCUUUCGCUUAUCAUGGGGCGGUGGCUUAGUGAUUAAAACCAACUCUUAGCCUUUCCCAGGUUCAGAUCUCGCUUCAACUACUUCGUUCUGGGCAACCGUGGAGUAUCACUAGUCCCCACGUUUAGGAUGUGACUCAUGCCUUUGUACCUGGAAAUUCAAUGAAUAUGGGACAAAUUUAGAAAGAAUAACUAGUGCACCAUUUUGGCCUCCUUUAAGUGGAACAGCAUCAGGGAUAAACCUCAAAACUAUUCCUUGUUCAACUGAACGUUAUUCCUACAAAUUGGAAGGCCAACCCUCAAAUUUAAAUGUCUUCCAGCCUGAUCCCACAAAACGAAGUCAUCGAAACCAACCAGCUCCACAAUUGUCACGAAUAUUACGACCUCGGCGAUUUGUUUGUCGAAAAUGUAAAAAAGCAUUCCAUUUAGAAGAACAUGGUACGGAGCUUUCCUCUUCCUUCCUCACUGAUCAGAUAGAUCGUCGCAUUUCGGAUUCAUCUGCCCUAAAUUCAGACAACGAAAUAAAUCAUUAUCUUCCUAAAAGCAACUUUUCUGACCAAAUUACACUAGCGACACUCAAUGGAAAUUCUCAGUCUAUUCGCCACGUCACUCCACCAAUCAUCCCCAAACUAAAUGAAGAAAUGAAGAUAAAUGUGGAUGAUUCGUCAAAAUCAGAAAUUGAUUCUAGUUCUGAUAUACGCUCAAAAUCUAAAAAGCAUUUUAUUUCUGAACAGUCGACUAAAACUCCAGAAUCGUUAGAACCGAAAUUAGUCAUGUCGAAGAAACGGAAAGUCGAUGUUAUUCCCGAUAAGCAAAAGCUGAAGAAGAUUAGACUAAGUUCUCAGAAACUCACUGAACCGAUUAAUGUUAGUAAUACAGUCCUGGUCGCAACACCACCUGUCGUUAAUCCGGAUUCAUCUGACCCUGCAGUACCUUCAUCGGAGGAAAUCAAAGAUUUUCCUACUUCUCCAAUCCUAGUCGGUAAGACAGAUUCUGUUGAUUCUCUUUCGUCUCAGGAACAAACUCGUAAGAAUCGAAUCAAAGCUCAAUACGUAUCUGUCACCUCUCCGUUUCGUUAUCCGUUUGGGAAAAAACCUAGAAUCUCUUCCAAACAAGAAAUUGGAAAUAUCAACUCGAUUAGUGAUAGCAGAAUAAAAGUUGAACCAAACGCUACUCGCAAAGGCUCUGAAAAAUCAGAAAUAAUUUCAUCAACAUCUUCAAAAACGAAUCUUGGCGUACGAAAAAACUCUCGAUACCGUACUCGUACUCAGCUGAACCCACUUUCUGUCACUUUGGAUUCACUGGGUCCUUCUUGUUCUGUGAAAGAUUUAGAAAGUCGUUCAGAAGUGGAUGAAAUUCUACCUAGUGAUUCUCUUGAUGGUGAUUUUCCACAAAAAGAAAAUAUCCAAAAUAGUAUAAGCCCACGCCUGUCAAGCCCAUCUAAGGAGAAGCAUUCUGCUUCCGUACAGUUAACUUGUAAAACGUCUACGUAUGGACACAAUUCUGCCUCAAACAAUUUUGGGAUUUCUAUGAGUGAGAGUAAUUUCUCUCCACAAAGUCGACGUAAAGCUUUUGAUUACGAAAAACCAAAAAACAGAUGGAUGCGUGAGGCACGAGCUAGAAGGUGUCAAGAUGAACGAAACAGUAAUCCUAGUUCCACUGCAGCAAGUCAUAUUUCAACUUCAUCCAAUAAUACAGAUACGGAAAACUCUGCAUCAUGUAAUGCACAAUCUCCUAGUUUAAACCGACUGCGAAUUCGGUCAGGUGAUGGAUCUAGUGUUAGUCCUAGCGAAAGUACUUUAAAAAGUAAUAGCAAUGUAUCUUCUAAGGUUAAGUUGCAUAAUGGGUCGUUAAACAAUCGUAACAUUGAAUCAGGGGACGCUUCACAGUCCGAGAAAUAUUUGGACAUAACUGACCAAAGGUCUACAUCUCAUGUGUCUCCAUGCUUGACCCCGACAAGUGAUAGUUCUGGUCUUGCCCUUCCUGUAAUAAAGAUUAAAAUUAAUCGGAAUAGACAACCUUCUGGGUGUUCGAAAACUGUACCGACGCAAUAUGAAGUUGUCAAGUUACAGACUGGUUCACAUCUAGAAUUAGCUACUUCGGCUUCUAAAGUUGUGAGUGAAGAAAAUAGUUCAAUAGCGAAUGCGAAUCCAUCUGCUUUGAAGUUAGACAUUCUUUGCAAUGGUUUACGUUCACCGUCACCGUCACCAUCCGCCAGUUCUUCAAAGAAGGGAUCUACAUGCGAGAGUUUAAUAAUAUCAGGUCCUUUAGUAAAACGCUGUAAGUUACAUGACGGCAUUGUUUUUCGUGUCGGUGACCUAGUUUGGAGCAAACUUUCAGGAUGGCCUUACUGGCCUGCACAGAUUACUAGCAUACAACGUGUAGUUGCCAAUGAAGUUGAUUUACCGAAUUCUGAACAAGUACGCCCCGUCGUGGAUUUCCAAGAACAGUCAUCUCCACUUUUAACAUCAGAGCAGGUUUGUUAUACUGCCUGUCUUCAUUGGUUUGCUUGGAAUCAGGUGUCAUACAUGCCAUGUGAUAAAUUAUUUCAUUUCCUAGAACAUUGUAAACGAUUUGAUAACAAAAAGAAACGUGGAGUUUUUCGCCAGGCAGUUAAUGAAGCAAAACAAGCGGCAGAAAAAAGGCAAGAAACUCACUCUACUGAUAGUGAAAGUGAAUGGGAUCACGAAGUUUUUAGCAGCACAAUACAUCAACAAUCUUUAUCUCAGCCAUCUGAAAUAUCUGUUCUCGAUGAUGCAAAACAGUUGGAGGUUUCACAAACUGCAUCAUCACUAUCCAUUCCCGACAUGAACCUUGGUGCAGAAGUGAAUGCGACCACAAAGCGAAGUAAACAUCUAAAUAACAAAGUAAGAAAAAACAAAACCAAAGUCUCUUGUGAGAAACAAGAACCUUCGAUGUUAUGUCCAUCAGUUGUUGAUUCUUCGAAUGUAUCCUUAGGUCAAGGUACCUAUAAUAACAUAGGCGGGGAAGUCACUGCGUCUAUAGAAUCAAAAUUACAUGCGAUGUCUAAACGUAGAUCAAAACAGCAGACUAAAAAUAAGGUUUAUGCUAAUACUUCUGAAGAUAAAAAGUUGUUGGUAGAAGAGUACAAUUCUUCUUUAACAAAUAAUAAAUCUAAUGUUCGUUUAAAAAUUAUUCUUUCGAAACCGAAAUUGAGAAGUAAGCUCAAGUGUGCUGAAGUUUUGAACAAUAAUGCACAAAAUUCUUUUGAAAAUGAAGUUAAUAAUUCUUCUUCAUUAUCGAAUCUAGAUGUCCCAAUUACUAAUAACAAAAUACAUCAAAUUGUUGAAAAUUCAUCAAAAGAAGACACAGAAAGUCCAUUUACUUCAGGGAAUAUUCCUGAAUCAAAUAUAUCAACUACCGAUUCACAAGACUUUGAUAAAACAUUUAGUGCCACACAUUCAGAACUCCUAACUCAAUUCCCACAUGUAUUUCCGGAUCUCAAAGUUUCAGGUAUUCUAUCCGACACAGUCGAUAUACCUACAUUUUCUGAGGAUGAAUCUGAAGAAGAAGAUGCUGGUCGUUUGAUUAUUGAUCCUGAUGUAAUGGCUUCAGUCAACGUUCCCUUAUCAACUGGUAAUCAUCAUUACAUCACCGAGACUUUAAAACAGGAUCCGGAUGUUCUUCGAGAAGAUUUAUACAGUCUUUCCUCCGAUAAUAUGUCCUAUAACCAUGAACUAUCAUCUCAAGCAUUUGAUAGUAUUCAUCCAUACUCUCGAACGUCUUCAACUACUCUUACACAACCGUCGAUGUCGAAUUUUGGUAAUCCAGUUCACUCAUCAUCCGAUUCAUUUACACAUUCUUUUAAUUCCUCAACAUAUUCAAUGGAAUGUCUAAUAUCUCAACCAGUUUCAGUUUAUCCAACACAUAAUCAGUCAUUGAUCCAAACUGUUGUGCCAAGAUUAACAACUCCACCUAUUUUGGCGUCAUCUACUGUAUCGAACCUAUCAGUACCCAGUAGAAGUGCUUAUUUUCAAUCUAACCAUCUUAAUGUUCCAUCAACUACAACGCAUAACGUGUCCUAUGUUACUACUGAGUACUCAACAUUAUAACUAUACAUCUCAUCAACUGACAUCACCCAAUAAUUAAAAUGGAAUCUACGAUUCACUCCUAGCUGUUACUUGAAAUGAUUCAGUACAAAUCAUUGUAAAAUAUGGUUGUAAUUUUCAUCAUAGAUUUAUGUGCUUAACUAGUAUUUCCAAAUAUUAUUUCAUUUCUACUGUAUAUCUCCCUUUCAAAAUCUCUUCAGUAUGAGUUAAUUAUUUUUUCGUUUAACAUUUGGAUUUAAUUAAUCCCUCCCUGUGAUGAUGAUCUUGGCGUUUAACAUUAGUCAGCACCGAUUUUUUUCUCUUACUAUUAUUUCUUUGGGACAAUAAAUGAAAACCAUUAUUAGACUUUCGUCCAGACAACAUUUAACAAAAGCAUCUGUGAAAUGAUGAUAUAAUACCUCUUGUUUAUUCUUUUGUAUAUUUUAUAUAUAUAUUUAUCUCAACGCCUCUCCUCCGCUCUUUCUUCCUUGCUUGUGAUUUGUGAUGUUUCUGAACACCAUGUGUACAUAUAUACAUAUUUAUUCAAUAGUUAACAUUGCUUUAAAUUAUCUCCUGUUACCGUUAUUUUCUAAAAUCAUUGUAAAUUAUUAACUUCCUUGCUUAAGGUUCUGGGUGUGUGUGCAUAACCCCUUAGGAUUCGUGAGUUUACUUAAAAUACUGUCUUCCUUUUGUUUUUCUGUUUUUGACUGUCUAAUCUCAAAUAAUUUUCGCGGUUUACACGUUGAAUUAUGAUGGUUGACACUGCUGUUGUUGUACGUA